AAAUUGUCGCAAUUGGCAGUAAGUACGACGGAUUCAUCCUACAGUGGAAUCAACGGUAGUGAACAACAAUCAUUGCAGGCACAGCCAUCAACCGUGACAAGUCCUUCGAUUGAACAACAGCAAAAGGAACCGAAACUUUCAAACGAAGCAAAACCCCUUAUACGCAAAGUGUCACGCUUCCAGGUACAAACCGUGCAAGAAUCUCCCCGCACACUAGAGCAACCAGCAACCGCCGGUAGUAGCAGUAGUAACAGCAGCAAUAACAACAAUGGUAGCAAUCCUAAACCAUUACUUGCCGUGAUGCCACAAUCAAUCGAUACUCAGCAACGUGUAGCACCGUACUCAUCGCCGACGGAUGAAAAAUCUUGUCAAACGUUCCCCGCAGUUCAACAGCAGCACGUCAUGAUGCAUGGUGGUGGAGGACAAGUGUGCGAGGUUCCUACAACUAACGACCUGGAAGUAAAACUCAACCAAGUCAUCCCAAAGACCCCAACUCUGGAGGUAGCAGCACCGACGUUCAACACACCCGUAGCACAUAUACAACAGCAUCAGCAGCAACAACAGCAGCAGCAGCAGCAACAGCAGCAGCAGCAGCAGCAGCAGCAGCAGCAGCAGCAGCAGCAGCAGCAGCAGCAGCAACAACAACAACAACAACAACAACAACAGUCAACGUCAUCGUCAUCGUCUUCCUACGUUCCUCCAGCGACAAUUCCGGGUCAGCCUAUGUUAUCACAGCAGCAACUACAACAACCUACCCAAAGUCAGCUACCACUGCAGGUUACCGCGACAAACAAUGGAACGCCCCAUGCUGCGACUAUGAUGGACGGCUCAACCGUAUAUAGUGCAGUGCCACAGAUUAGUGCUGUGGCUAGCGUGCAACAGAUACCUACGGAGCCAACAUUCGACAACGCGGAUAUAGGACAGAACUUGAUAGCAAUUCAAAAUCAUCUCUGUGCGUUGCAACUUAUGUCUAGCGCACGGCAGCAGCUGCAGUUGCUAUUACAGCGACAGCAUAUCGAACACGAGGAACUGAAGCUGCGCCACUUUCUAGAGUUGGAAAAGUUCCUGAAACAGCAGAAAGAAGAAAUGAAACCGCAGCCCCAACCGCAACCGCAACCCCAACCGCAACCGCAACCGCAAUCGCAAGUGGUAGGUCCAGCUGCUGCGCCGAUGGUAGCGGCGACACAAUUGAUCUCUACCGUAACGCAGAUGGCCACUGCAUCUCCCAUUGUACAGCAAGCACAGGCACCAGUCGCGCUGCCAAAUGGUGUGAUGCUAUCGGAAAUAAGCUCUCCAACGGUAGGUCCCAAUCGGGUUGUCGGAUUCGUUGACGUGAAUUCCAUGGGAACACCGGCAACGGCUUCUUCGUACGGCAGUACCUAUGUCAGCAGUGGGACCGAGGCGGAUCAGGAAGUAGCUAAUUUGACCUCGCCUGCCAAAAUGGAACCGAUGAUGAUGCAACCUCACCAGCAGCAGUAGAGUAUUGUUGCAACUCAUUAAAGGAAAAUGACGUACUCAGUACUGCUGCUCCCUACUGCACCCCACAGACACAGAGAGCAGCAGUAGUCAGCGCCCCUCCACUAAACAACGAUCUCAUUCCAAACUCCACAAGUGUGCUGCCAUGCUGCGCAUAUGCUGCACAAGUGAUUGGCACUGUGCUGUGCCCAAAAGCACCCUGAAUCGCUGCUUCCUCCUACCUUUUUCAUUACCUGCCAAUCGAAUACACCAGACGUACGCUUGUCGAAGAUUGCUGAGGAAGCUUAGUUGUUUGAUAUAUGAUCGAAAGAGUGUAGAAGAAGUGCAAGCGACCUUGCUUCUGUGUGCAAAAAGGGCAUAAAGACAAGACCGUGGGGUAUGCUCGCGUGCGUAUGUGUGUGUGUGUAUGUGUGUAUGUGUGUGAGUGUGGUGUAACCAAAAUUCUUACAAACGUCCAAAUUUAUCGUUUAUCACACUACGUCUACACCAUUGCACACCUACCGAUAAUCGCUAUCACUUUUCUAGUUAAUGUGCUAUUAAAGUGUAAGUUUUCUUUCUUCUUUUAUUUCAUUCUGGCAUACGGAAGUAAAGAAAGAAAUAGUCAGUCAGAGACAGACAAGCAAGCUAUCUAAAGAAGAAGGGAAUGGUACCCGCGCACCAUAGAUAGGAUUGCGUAUACUGCGCUGCUGCGCCGCUGCUCUCGUUGCUGCUUUUUGUAAAGGUUGAAUUCAUUAUUGCAGAACAGAAAAUGCGGUUUAUUGGAAUGGUAAAUCGAUAUUUGGCGCAUUGAUGAGCGAGGUAGGUGCUGCGAGUGGAACGAUGCGAGCGUGUGUGUAGGUGUGUUACGAUAGCCAAGCGAUAGCCAUUGUAAUGUGACGAACUAGUUAAGGGAAGUGAAUACUUCGGACGAGUCUUAUGACGAGGAAAAGUCAGGAUGAAACAAGAGAUGUUGGCGAAGAGGUUGCGCAAGUAGCUGCCGCGGGCCUCCUAAGGAAAACGCGAUGCGGAACUAGGGAGAGGGCUAGAAAACAGAUAAGAGGUGGCAUUAAACUCUAUUGUAUAAUAUUCUAUUCGAUAAAAUUAAGAUAUUAAAUAUCUAUUUAAAAACCCAAAGAUCUCCGCGAUAUUUUUU